AUGGGCGAUGAAGUAAGCAAGUAUAUCCACAGCAAGCUGUUUGCCGAUAGCCAAGAAGUGCUUUUCACAGAUGUGAUGAACGAGUUCCAAGUGUCGAGUUCUCGAGCCAAGAAGGAAAUGUACGAAUUCUACAAAAUCACUAAAUCAAAAGUCGGGUGCAUCAUUGUUUGCUGCUUUAAAAGCGGUGUCGUUGAAGUCGUGCGUGAUGUCUUGAAUUUCGAAAGCAACCACGAUGUGCUAGACCUGUUCAUCUACGCGUUUAGUCCAAUGGCCAAUUUUUCUCCAGUGAAUAAGCCUAGUACGCGUCCUCUGGGUAUCGAAAACUGUUACAAGUUAGAAUUCAAAGUACCGCCACCGAAAGAGGUUGAAGAACCCCAGAGAACUGUGCGGAGAGCCAAAACACACGAGAUAAGUACACCAAAAACCCUUGGUGUGCAGAGGGCAAAGACGCACCCUGAACCGAGCAAAAAACCAGAAAAGUCAAUGGGCCUCCAAUCUACGAAGCUGCGGGAAAGAAUGCGCGACCAACGUGGUGCCAAGGAAAAAGAGAGGUUAGAAGCCUUGAGAAAACGUAAACAAGCCCAGGAGGAGAGUUUGAAAAAAGAUCCCAAGCGUGAAAAACAGUUACGGGAACUUUCCAAAAUGUUUGAAGACGACGGUGAUUCUGAUGGGGAAACUGCGCGGCCUGAAACCCGGUCCGAAACGGUCAAAUCAGACUCCUCGUCAGACUUCACAGUGGAAGCGUCUGUCCAACUAGAACGCAUACCAGAGCGUACACCGGGACCUGCUGAUCAAGAGGAACUGGGCAAACUACUAGAAACCACGGCCGAAGAAUCGCUAGUCGAAGUGCCGUGGCCAGACAAGUCAGCGCCGAAGUCACCAGAGAAAGCGUCUGAAGAGCCGACCUCGUUUGUCGAUGAGGACGGGUACAUUGUAACAAAUCGGCAGACCCAGAGAGCCACGUCAACCCCCGCGAAGAGAAGGCACCAUGUUGAAAUGUCUGCGCCGCGGGAACAACAACCACAACAACCACCUAAGAAAAAAGUACAACAAUCGGUCAUGAGCUUUUUCGGCAAGAAGAAGUAA